AUGGAUAUUGACGAACAAAUUAUUCAAGAUUAUACCAACUCUAAAUUAGAUGUUGUUCAAAUUGAUGGUUUAGUAGUUUUAAAAAUUAUUAAACAAUGUAAAGAGUACCUUCCAGAAUUAGUACCAGGUCAAUUAUUAGGUUUAGAUAUUGGUACCAGUUUAGAAGUUUCAAAUUGUUUCCCAUUCCCACCACGUGAUCAAGAAGAUGAAAAUAGUGAAUCAAUCGCAGAAUAUCAAUUAGAAAUGAUGAGAUUAUUACGUGAAGUUAAUAUCGAUAGUAACACUGUUGGUUGGUAUACCCCAACUUAUCUCAACUCUUUCUUUAAUGAAUCAGUCAUCGAAACUCAAUAUAACUAUCAAGCUACUAUUAAUCAAAAAUGUGUUGUUAUUGUUUAUGAUCCAAUUAAAACUUCACAAGGUACCCUUUCAUUAAAAUAUAACCUUUCAUCAAGUUUCGAUAGAUUAAACAUCAGCAACAAUAUUUAUUUAGAAAAAGUCGUUGAAGGUAUGACCGAUAGUUUAGAAUCUCUCAACCAAGAACUCAAUAAAGUUUACACCUAUCAAAGAAAUAUUCAAACUCAAAAAACAAACUAUAUCCAACAAAAAUUCUUAGAAGGUCAAAAAGUAGAUGAAGACGAAUUAGCUUCAAUGAUCAAACCACUCAAUCCACCAUCAAAACUUACUUCACUCCUUCUCACCAACCAAAUUAAUAACUACACCGAUCAAAUCCAUUCAUUCAGUGGAAACAGUCUCACCAAAUUAUCUUUAUUAAAAGAGUUACAAAAAUAA